CUUGCGCUUUGCCCUGCCGGCAAACGCAACUCGAAGCGGGGGGAGCGGGGAGGACCGAGGCAACGUGGCGUGGCACGGCCGCGAGGGGGAGGCGCCUUUGCUUCCCGCGGAGGGGGCUAUAAAAGAGGGGCGCGAGAUCCAGAUCUGGGCCGAUGCGACCGCCCUCGCUGCUCUCCCUCACCCUCGACUCGGCGCUCCUCCGCAUCGCCCACAUCGCCGACAUCUCCCACCUCCCCGACCACCUCGUCAUCGACCUCUUCCGUGUAGAGAACCCUGAGUGCUGGUAAGCUGACCGAGAAAGUUCUGAAGUUGUUUCUGGCAACCGGCUGUGAGGAAAUCAUCUUGGCCGUUCAAUUGCUAAACAUUAAGCAACCACUCGUACCAGUGCUUCCCACAAGGUGUUCCGAGAGGUUCUAGGCCUGUUGGUGCUUAGAUCAUUUUGAUUACCUUACCUGAGAAGAUGUCUUCGGUAAUUCAAGACAGUGAGGUUGACAUUGUGAUUGCAGCACUCCAGCCCAAUCUGACCACCUUCUUUGAAGCAUGGCGGCCAUUUUUCUCUCGUUUCCACGUCAUUGUUGUCAAAGAUCCAGACAUGACACAGAAUCUUCAAAUCCCCACUGGCAUUGAUCUCAAGGUUUACACAAAGUCAGAUAUUGAUGGAGUGCUUGGCGCCACGUCCAUCAACUUCUCUGGUCACUCAUGCCGUUACUUUGGGUAUCUUGUCUCACGGAAGAAGUAUGUGAUUUCAAUCGAUGACAAUUGCCUCCCAGCGAAGGACACUGUUGGGUCCACUGUUGAUGCUGUUGCACAGCACAUGGCCAAUUUGAAGACACCUGCCACACCUUUCUUUUUCAACACGCUUUAUGAUCCAUACCGGAAAGGUGCUGAUUUUGUCCGUGGUUACCCAUUCAGCCUGCGUGAGGGGGUUGAAUGCAUGCUAUCAUGUGGUUUGUGGCUGCAUAACGCUGACUAUGACCCGAUGACUCAUGUUGUGAAGAGAAAUCAGCGGAACACAACCUAUGUGGAUGCUGUAAUGACAGUUCCUCUUGGUGCAAUGCUGCCUGUGAGUGGGAUAAAUGUUGCAUUUAACCGUGAGGCGUUGGGGCCUGCUAUUUUCCCAGGCCUCCGGCUACGCAACGAAGGGAAGCACAGAUGGGAUACCCUUGAAGAUGUGUGGAAUGGCUUGUGUGCUAAAGUAGUGUGCGACAGCUUAGGGUAUGGUGUGAAGACUGGACUGCCUUAUGUGAUGAGAAGUGAUGCAGAAGCAGGUAAAGCACUGGAGAGCUUGAAAGACUGGGAAGGGGUUAAAAUCAUGGAUGAUGUUCUUCCAUUCUUCCAAUCACUCAAACUAUCAAGGACUGCUGUUACUGUUGAGGAUUGUGUCAAGGAGCUAGCCAGCAUUGUCCGGGAGAAACUAGGACCAAAGAAUGCAAUCUUCACCAAAGCAGCUGAUGCCAUGGUGGAAUGGAACAACCUCUGGAAGUCUCAUGCAGCUCGGAAUGCUUAGUUUGGAGUUUGUGUGUUUACUACAAAGCAUAAUUGUUUGGAAUACUUUUUUUCAGUUUUAAUCUUUGCUUGUGGAACUCAUGAAGCUGAAUAAACGACGUUCCAGUAUGCAGGGAAUUUGGCAGAGUAAUUGAACAUCUGAUUGUAUACGCUUAAGAACACUAAUGUACUAUCAAAAGAACCUUUCAUGUUCUUACA